AAGUCAGCUGGCAUUUACUCAUACGGUCGCAGUUCCAGCACUGUUGUCUACAACAAGACCCCACUGAACAAUUUUGAAGUUCACUAGCUUCAAAAUGGACUUUCCUGGGGCAUCUGAUAAUGGAUACACUGACAGCUGUCUGGGAGGCAACUGUAAAGAUAUUUCUGCUCCAGUUCAAGAUACACGAGAUGUUGACUGUGACAUGGGAACUAAUCAGAUGUUGAUGCAUGUUGCAGUGUCAACAGCAGUGAUUCCUGAGGAUACACAGACAACCAGUGGCGCCCAGCGACCUGCUGAACCAUGUGGCACCACUUACCUAACAAACACACAGACAACCAGUGGUGUCCAGCAACCUGCUGAACCGUGGGUCACCACUUACCUAACAAAUACACAUGCAACCAAUAGUGACAUGAAAAAUGCUGAAAUGUGUGGAAACACUUAUGAAACAAAUGAGUUGUUGUCAAAGAUCAAGCAAGAAUUCCCCUUGGAAUGUGAUUUCAUGAAUGUGCCAAAUGACAAUCUUGAAAGUUAUAAAUUUUUAGAAGAAAAUCAUGUAAAAGAAGAAAACCAUGUGUUCAAUUUGAUGUUGAACGAGGCUUUAAGUUCUUUUCAGUUGGGACUGGAUGACUCUUUAGAAGUUCACGAUGAGGUGCUAGAAACAAAAGAUGUACAGCCAAAAAGAGAGCAAUUCAAUUGUAAACACUGUGACAAAUCCUACAAUUCCCAAAUAAGUAGAGAUUCUCAUGAGAAAAGGCAUCCAUCAACAAAAAGAGACAAAAAGAAGAAAAGAGCAUCUUUCAAGAGAGCAAACGUUCAACUUCUUGCACCAAAAUUUUCAGACAGCAGACAAAGCACACACACUAUUCCAAGGAGUCAUAAAAGCAAAAAUGAAUUUGUAGACAAGCAAAAAAAUGGUAAAAUUAGAAAAAUUCAAAAGAAAAAAAUUGACCCCAAAAUUUGUAAAAGAAAAAGCAGUCCAGUUGACCCGCAGAGAAACAAACAGGACAAGGUGCAUACUUCUACUGAAACUAAAAUUCAAGUGACUUGCAACAAAUGUGGGAAAUCAUUUGCAAGUCAGCGCUAUUUAAAGAUACAUGACCGCUGGCACACUGGAAAAGAUCUCAAAAAGUGUGAGCACUGUGGAAAGACAUUUGUAUCCAACUCUCAUCUCAAUGAACACAUUGGUACAGUUCACUCUGACAUCAAAAGUAGUGGAAAUGAUAAUGGUAUAAAUCAAAUCAAAAAGAUAAGGUGUAAAAUUUGUGAAAAAAGAUUUAGAAGUGAAAGUGACCUGCAGAGGCACCUACAGAGUGGAGUGCAUUCUGCCACGGAGAUUACCAGUGGAGUGGCUUGCGAGGAUUGUGGAAAAACAUUCGCAAGUCUGAGGUCCUUAGAAACGCACAAACGAAGGCACACUGGAGAAAAUCUCCACACGUGUGAGCAGUGUGGAAAGGUAUUUGCCUCCAAGUCUCAGAUCAAUGUGCACAUUAAUAAAGUUCACAACAAUUUCGAACCCCCUUGCAUAUGUAGCAUCUGUGGCAAGACCUUCGGGCAGAAGUACAUGAAGGAGCACAUGACGAGGAUCCAUGGAAGUGAGGGUGCCCAGAAGUUUGAGUGUUAUCUUUGUGGGAAGGCUUUCUCUAAGAAAUAUCUAAAUGAACAUAUGAGACAAGUGCAUGGAAACCAACAAUAUGUAAAAAAUGUUAUGUGCACUUACUGUGGCAAGAUGAUAAGUCAGAAAUACAUUAAAACUCAUGAAAAAUUACAUACUGGGGAAAAUCUGCUGAAGUGUGAACAGUGCGAGAAAACAUUUGCUAAAACUUCCCAUCUCAAAUCACACAUGGAAACCCAUACACCAGGAUUUCACGUGUGCGAGAUGUGUGGGAAGCAGUGCACCACAGGCUCAAACUUGAAGCGUCACAUGAAGCAGCAUAAUGAUCCGGAGUCGUACACUUGUAAGCACUGUGGUAAGGUUUGCUCAGAUAAAGCUUACCUUCGUUGUCACGAGAAGAUACACACGGGGGAAGGAUUGUUUCACUGUGAUGUCUGCAACAAGACCUUUGUCCGUUUAUCACAUCUACGCGAUCACCAGCAAUCUCACAACACUGCUGCUGUUUUAACCUGCAAGUAUUGUAGCAAGGUCUUUAAAGGGCAAAUUGCAUUGAGAAAGCAUGAAAUAUGCCACACCAGAGAGAGGACUUUCCCAUGUUUGGUAUGUGGAAAGUUGUUCUUUACUGCAUCCCUGUGUAGAAGUCAUGAACGUAGUACACAUUUUGCUAAAAAAGAUUUCAUGUGUAGUUACUGUGGAAUGAAGUUUUCAGCUAAAGGGAGGCUACGGGAUCAUGAAAGAAUUCACACCGGAGAAAAACCAUUCCCCUGUAAUUUUUGUGAAAAGACCUUCAGGUUGAAAAGAAAUUGUAAGCUCCAUGAAAUGAUGCACAAUGGAAUAAGAAAACACUUCUGCCAGUUCUGCAGCAAGGGUUUCUUCCUGAAGUCUCACUGUCGAAGACAUGAACUACAUUCUCAUAUGAAUAGCAUAGAUAAGCCCUUCCAUUGUCAGUACUGCCCAAAGUCAUUCACUCAACAACGAGGUGUUGAUUUACAUGAGCGUUUAAUACAUCCAAAUGGACAGACUAUUAUUUACGACUGCAGUAAAUGUGGGAAAGUAUUAAAAAAUAAGCGUAGUCACAGGAAGCAUAUUCGCCACUGUCAAACGAAAGGGGCGUAUCAGUGCAAAUUCUGCGAGGAGAGUUUGAACACUAAGCUACAACUGGUCAUCCACGAGAAGUUGCACUCGGCACCGAAGCCAUAUGAAUGUGAGGUCUGCCAGAGAUGCUUCACAUACAAAGUUCACCUGCGUAACCACAUGAAACUUCACAAAAGGGAGAAGGAUGCCCUUCAGCUUCAUACACAAACAGUAUCGGAGCUAUGUCUUUCAGAUGCAUCCCUUGAAGUUGUUCAAACUUCAUAGUUAAAACACAGCUUAACUAGUUGAGCAUCAGACUGUGUCCACCAUACAUGAUAUAAAGAGAAAGUUUUUUAAAAAGAGGGUUUUGACAAAUUUCACUUCUUAUUUUUAACAUUACAUCUACAUGGACUACAUGUACUACUUUUAUAUAAUUCCCUUUACAGUUUCAUUAGAUAUGGAAAUCGUUUAUAUAUAUAGUGUUUUUAAGCAUAUUGAGAUAUGCAGAGGUAACAAGUAAGAUAUUGCUGCAUUCCUGGUCCCAGUCUUGGGAUGAGUUGCAAGUGGUGCUUUUUUAUUUAUUUAUAAUUUUUUAAAACUGUUUUUAGAACACAAAUUGGUGCUGUGUAUCAUAACGCAUAAUUAUGUUUGAUAGAUAGAUAGAUGUUUAGUCUAGUGGAUAGAGAAAAUAUCUGGUUUAUGAAUUACAGUUUUCUACAAGGUUGUGUUUGAUUAGUAAUCAAAGAGUUAAUGAUAUUGACUGUUGUGUGUACUGGUUAGCGAGAAAGGUUUUGAGAUCACAGCCAAGAGUUUGAACCCAGCUGGUGAUGGUCUUGAUCACGUAAGUUUUUUUCUUAAUUAGAUCUGAAACCUUGAAUUACUUUAAGAGAAGGAGUUUAUAGUUUUCUUGUUACUAAUCUCUAAUCCUUUUCUAAGUAUUAUUAAUGUAGGAAUUAAGUUUUGUAUAGUAGACGUUUUAACAUUGUACAGUGCAUGCAAAGUUCUACAUAUUUUCAUUUGUGUAAGGUAAUAUUUCAAUUUAUGUAGGUUUUCACUUUAUUGAUAUAUAUAUUGUGUGUAUGUGAAGUGGAUAGCAUUUUGUAUAGGUAAACAGUGCUGGAAAUGUGGGUAGACUGGACUUAUUACACUUCAUUUAAUUUAGUACGUAAACAGUUAGUAGCAUGCCCCUGAUGUAACCUCUGUUUGGUGCUCAAAUUUUAAAAGCCACUCCUCUCUCCUGCUAUAUCACUAUAGUUAUAGACAUGGCUAUUGGCAAAACUGGGAAUGUCAUCAUUCCCUUGAAUUUGGCAAGUGACAUGAAUUUAAUCACAAAAACAAUAUUUCUGGAUAACAUUUGUGGUGCUUUUACUGUAUUGAAAAGAAUUAUAGAGAAGCCCUCUUAAUUUAGUUGUUACCACUCACAAGGAAUGUUCUAAUUUAAAGAAAAGAUGGAGUAAUUACCAUAUUUUGUGUACUAUAUUAAAGUAACAAGUUCUACAUCAUUAGUUUUGUAUAGUAGUACAUUGUAGUCUAGUGGGCAGGUACAUGUAUAAAAAGUAUAAGAUGCACACGGUGGCAUUUGGUUUUGCAUUAUGGACAGAAUUUUGAGUCUAAGUUAUAUUUUACAAAAACCAUAAUACAUAUAUAGUUUAAAAUUGACAGGAAUAUCAAUUCAUGACUUCAAAAACAGAAAAACAUUGAUUAGUUUUUGAGAAAUUGAUAACUGAUCGCCAUUAUGGAGGAAAGAAAGGACAGUCAACUUGUAAACUGCUCUGUUAGUGAGUUUUAAACAGCAAAAAUAGAUUGGAAUGAUUAUUUAAUUAAUCUAGUUUUUUUUUCUUUAAAUACAAAAGGUGAUAUUUGAAAAAUAUAAGUUUAAAAUUCUGAAGUUUAAAAAUGUCUGAUUAUGGUCAGAAAAUGUGUCCACAGUGCAAAACUUAUACAUGGGCAAUAAAAACAAGAUGCCCUUUGUCACAACUCACCAUUUCCAUGGAAAAUUAAAUAUCUCGCAGUGCACAAGUAAUAUGUAGUUGUCUUUAAUAU